AUGGAGGUAGGAGAAUUGCAUUUGCAGAGGGCAUUAGCCUCUCUUUCCCGCAGUUUUUUGUUUUUUUCUCUGCCUCCCGACUGGGUGGCAGUCGCUAGAGAAGCAGCAUUAGCAGCUGAAGCAUUUCAUGCUGCAGGUCUCUUGCGCCGAGAGGCUAAAGCCCUGAGACUCUGUGCUCAAGCAGAGCGAAACUUGGGCAAGCCGAAGGCUGCAGGUAAAGCCAUGCAAAAGCUUGGCGAUCUUCUCAUAAAGGAGAAGAAGGCUGCUCGGCGCAGCAGCAACCAUACCAAUGAUGGCAUCAGCAAGACCAAUGCUGGAGGAGCAGCAGCAGCAGCUUAUGAGGAAGCAAUGCAAUGUUAUGGAGAGGCUAUUUGUCUCUUUCGGGCUGCAGGGGCCGUUGAAGUGGCAGUGGAGCUGCUCCUGAAAGUUGCUGCAAGACGGGAGCACGAGAAAACACCCAGUGCAUUUGCUCUGUGUGCUGAGGCGUAUGAAGAAGCUCUUCAUCUCCUAAUCAUACGGCAUGACCUGCAACAGGCCGAUGAGGUGUACAGGCACUAUAUUUGCAGCCUCGUUAGAGCCAAAGAGCUACAGAAGGCUCUUUCCGUCGUCUUCAGACGCGUAGAGUGUCUAUACACCCUCCGAAGAUUCUGUCUGUCUUUUGUUUGA